GUUUGCUGAUGACCAAGGCGGAGCAAAUCGAGCACCAGCAGCAGCUGUACGUGAAAAAUGGGAACAGCCACCAACAUCCGCAUCACAAGCAAAUGAUGGAAAAGGAGUUGGACACGUUGAAGGCCGAAAUCCACGCUGCGAAGCAGGCCUACAUCACGUGGCACCUGAUCUGGUUCAUUGAGCGCACGGAUUUCGAAGGCACGCAAAUAAGGCUCGACCUGGAACGGGAGGAAAUUGCAGAGGCGGUCGCGACCAGCUACAGUGGCAGUUCGGACGGAGGUAGGAGACAAGUGUCUGGAGCUACUUUAAUAUCUGCAGUGCUUAUAUACCUGCGCGGCGAACGGCGCAGAGAUGCAGAUCAUUUUCAUUUCCUCGCCGGUGCUUUCUUUGAUUGGUUUUAUCACUAUCAUUAGACCGGCUAGAGGACGUGCUAAAACCAAAAGAUAAGUCCAGAAUUAAAGCAGGUAAGCCGAUGAAAACCGAGGCUGAUUUUCUGAAGGAGGCUUUCGCGACUAGCCAAUCUUACCGAAACUUUGUCGGAGUUCUUCGCUGGCUCCGAUGGGUGUACAAAAGUGAGUGCGACUUCAACAACGUAAGCAUCUACAAGAACCCCAACACGGUCCACGCCGGCGG